CUCGAACGCCUACUCUCGCCGUCCCAACACAAGAAUCGAAGCCCUCUCAAUCUCCCAGUGCCGCCCUGUUAGCAUUUCCGGGCUCUAGGCCAUUGGUGUUUUGUCGACAAAAUUAAAGCUCCUGGGAAACCGCCCUCAUCUGUGUGUGUCUCCCACCUGCUAGCUGCCUCUAUGUCGCUCUUGACGUCUGUUCCGCUCUGUAGUCUCACUCCGGUGCCGUCCUUUACCCAAAUUAAACCAUCCCGAUAGCCCUCCUCCCUCGCUGCGCAGGGUUGAGAACCUAAUCCGAGCUAUAUCCCCAGUUCAUGUAAGUUCACAUAGUGAAUUUUGGUAAUUUUGCUUCUCGGAUAAUGGGGUUCGAUCGAUCCAAUUGGCAAUUGUUAUGACAUGUUCUAUCUCACUAUUCCAUGCCCAUAACUCCUCCUGUCCUGCUCACACCUUGCCUUGGACUUUGCAAGCCAAGCCCUUCACAGCGUAGCCGCGGUGGACCCAAAAAACUGGCCACCAUGAGUCGAUCAGCUUGGUUUAACUGCGCGCGGAAGUUGUUGAGCAUAUAGCGUUGUCGAAGUGGAGAAAAAGGAGCAGGGGGACAUGUAUGAGAGGAGGAACA